AUGAAUGCAAAGAUCAAGGGCAAGGUAUACGGAACCUGCGUGAGACCAGCCCUUAUGUACGGCCUAGAAACAAUCCCCCUCACGAAAGCUGCAGAAAGCAAAAUGGAGGUAGUAGAGAUGAGAAUGCUGCGUUUCUCGCUGGGGCUGACGAGGAUAAAUAGGGUCCCAAACGCGGAAGUUAGAAAGCAGCUGCAAACUAGAAGAUUUGGGGAUAAGCUAAGAGAAAGGCUGAGGUGGUUCGGGCAUGUAAAGAGGAGACCAGAGGACUACGUUGGGCGAAAGAUGAUGGAAAUGACACCACCAGGAAAGAGUAGGAGAGGGAGACCGAAGAGAAGAUUCAUGGAUGCUGUCAAAGAAGACAUGAAAAUAGUGGGAAUGUUAGAAGACACCGCAAACAGAAAUAAAGCCUUCGUCCUCCCCUCAACACACGCCAAUUACCGAUCUCGGAAUCCUCGUUAUGCCGAAGUCCUUAUUCCGAAUUUCCUCAGAAGGAAUCUUGGUUAUUUCAUCCCCAAAUCUUCCGGCAUCCUGUGUCGCUCUGUUUAUAGGCUGUCACUGUGUUACUCUUUCCAGUCGUCUUUGGUUGAUAUAGAGAAGUAG